CUCCUCCUCCUCCUCCUCCUCCUCCUCCUCCUCCUCCGAGCGCCGCGCCGUCGUCCUCCUCGGACGUCGUCGUCGUCUCGCCGUCGCGCGCGGCGCGGCGGACCCCGCGCACUCCGGGAUCGUGGACGAGUCCUUCGUGCACGGGUCAUCGCUCGUCUCCACGGGCCUCGCCCCCUCCUCCCCAUCCUCCUCCUCCGCGCCGUUGUCCGAGCGCAUAGGGAUCAUGGGCGUGCAUCACGUCGCGGUCAUCGUGGAGAACCUCGAGCGUUCCAUGGCGUUCUACGAGAAAAUGCUCGGGCUCGCCGUGAACCCGGACCGCCCGCACGAUAAGCUGCCGUACGACGGCGCGUGGCUCAUGAUCGGCCCGGAGAUGGUCCACCUCAUGGAGCUCCCGAACCCGGACCCCACGGACGCGGAGUUUCGCCCCGUCCACGGAGGGAAGGACCGGCAUUUUUGUAUAGGCGUGAGACAUCUCGCGCCGCUGAUCGAGACGCUGGAACGCGAGGGGGUGCCGUACACCGCGUCCAGGAGCGGCCGGCCGGCGAUAUUCUUUCGCGACCCGGACUGUAACACCCUGGAGGUCGUCGAGGGGUUGCAGUGGAGGUGACGCGAGAGCGGAGAGAAGAGAUAGAAGGGCGGGGCGCGGCGCGGGGUUGGAGGCUUGACUGAUUCAUUUGGGAGCGAGCGCGUCGUCGUUUCAUAGGUUUGAAAGGAACAUAUUUCAUCGGUUG